AACCCAAGACUUAUCGAAAGCAAACUUGGUUUUAUUUACAUCUCUAGCGGCAGAAAAUUGCAGAAAAUCGGUGAAAAUUUUCUAAAUGCAAAGCGUUAAGUGAAAACUAGGUGAAAUGGAAGCAAACAUAGAUGAAAGCAUGGAGAGCGAACUUGCCAAGUCGCCCAAUAACAAGCUGGAGGCGAAUCAAUCGCCUCCGCCAGGUGUGAAUGGAAAUGGAAGUGGCAGUGCCGAUGGUGGCCAGGAGGCGGCCGCCCCUAACAAUGGCGUUGCUAUAGCCCAGGAAAAACCUAAUGAGGCCCAAUGGAGCAAACCCUUUAAUGCAUUCAGUGGGCGCCCCAUUGGGGAGCACACGGCUCAGCAGCAGGCGCUCCAGCAGCAACAGCAGGCGCUUCAGCAGCAGCAAACAAGCCAGCAACAGCCGCCGCCUGGAGCGAAUGGUGUUAUCGCAGGACCUCCAGAAAUCUGGGUGGAGACCAAAGCUGGGGAUGACCGCUCCUACUACUACCAUGCAGUGACAAGGGAAACCACAUGGACGCGUCCCGAGGGCGCCAAUGUCAAGAUCAUGACUCAGGCCGAGGUGGAGGAGAUGGCAAAGCGACCUGCACAGGCCGCCAAGGCGGAGCCGAAAAGCACCGAACCCCCGGGAGAGGUCUCGGCAGUGUCCCAUCUCACCUCGCAACCGCCGCCGCAUUUGAUGAGUCAGCCUCCGCCAAAUGCCGCGGCACCUUUGCUCUCUCAGCCGCCGCCCAAUGUGCGUCAACAACCGCCGCCCAUGUUCCAGCCGCCGGGUAUGCAGCCACCUCCUGGAUUUGGACAGCCACCGUUUUGCAUGCCGCCGCCAGCCUAUGGGUUUCCAGGAGGAGCUGCUCCCGCCGGAGCUCCCUGGGGUGUAGGCAUGCCGCCAUGGCAGCAACAGCAACACCUGCACGGGCCUCCUGGCGGGCAGGAUAAACCCGCCAAAACGCUGAUCAUUAAGCCUGGAGUCAUCGACCCAGCGGUCAUAGCUCGGGCUGCCGAGUGGUCAGAACACCGUGCCCCGGAUGGCAGGCCUUACUAUUUCCACGCCGGACGAGGUGAGAGCGUCUGGGAUAAGCCACAAGCCCUGAGAGACAUGGAGGCCGCUCGUAUGGCCGCGCAUUCAGGAGUGGCGCCUGCAGUGGCAACUGCCCCGACCGGACUGCCUCCCCACCUGCUGCCCAAUCCGAUGAUGCACCUGCCCCCCGGCACAGCGCCACCAGGUUUUGAUCCCCAUGCUGCCUUUGCGGCAGCCGCCGCUGCAAUGAAAGCAAAUUCAGAGAAUACUAAGGCGGCGCAGGCUGCCGCCCUAGAAAAGGAGGCCAAGAAGGCGGCUGAGGAGAAGCGAAAGAAGGAAGAGGAGCAGAAGAAGGCGGCGGCCACGGCAAAGCAGACGGACAAAAGUCGACCGGUGACAAGUACCCCAAUCGCUGGCACACCUUGGUGUGUUGUGUGGACUGGAGAUGCCCGUGUUUUUUAUAAUCCCUCGACCAGAACUUCGGUUUGGGAUCGUCCCGAGGAUCUUAUGAACCGCGAGGAUGUUGACAAGGCCGUGAACGAAAGGCCCGAGCAACUGAAGACGCCACAGGAGAAAACAGCCGAGGCAGAACAAAAAACAACCGAGGAGGUGGCACAGGACCAGACGCAGGCUCAAACACAAGCCCAACAGCAGCAGCAACAAGUGCAGCAAGUGGAGCCGGAUGAUGACGACGACGACGAAGUGAUCAAGAUACGCACCGAGUCGGAGUCCAGUGUGGAGGAGGUGCCCACCAAGCGAGUGCGAAUGAUUUCAAAGUCAAAGCGAGCCGAGGAUGCCGCACUGGAGGCGGAACAGCGGGCGGCUAAGGAGCGGGCCCUGGUUCCGUUGGAGAUGCGUGUUACUCAGUUCAAGGAAAUGCUUAGGGAGAAGGACGUUUCAGCAUUCAGCACUUGGGAGAAGGAGCUACACAAGAUCGUGUUCGAUCCACGGUAUCUACUGCUGACAUCGAAGGAACGCAAACAGGUAUUUGAAAAGUAUGUCAAGGAUCGAGCCGAAGAGGAGCGCAAGGAGAAGCGGAACAAGAUGCGGCAAAAGCGUGAAGACUUCCGCAGCCUAAUGGAAGAGGCCAGGCUGCACGGAAAAUCUUCGUUCUCGGAGUUCAGCCAGAAGAACGCGAAGGACGAGCGAUAUCGCGCUAUCGAGAAGGUACGCGAGCGGGAGAGCCUCUUCAACGAGUACAUCGUGGAGGUGCGCCGGCGCGAAAAGGAGGACAAGUUGCUGAAGAAAGAGCAGAUCCGCAAGGACUUUCUGGACAUGCUGCGCGAACGACACGACAUUGAGCGCCAUACCAGGUGGUAUGACAUCAAGAAGAAGUUUGAGUCGGACUCUCGAUACCGAGUUGUGGAUUCCCUAUACCGGGAGGAGUAUUUCGAGGACUAUCUGCACAUCAUGAAGGAGGAGAAGCGGAAGGAGCGGGAGAUGCGGGAGCAAAGGGAACGGGAAAGGCACCGCGAACGGAAGUCCGAUCGAAGGGAUAAGGACAAGGAUAAGGAUAAGGACAAAGACAAGGAAAGGGAGAAGGACAAAGGUCGCAAGGACCGCGGUCGCAGUCGUUCAAAGGACAAGGAUCGUGAGCGUAAAUCAUCCAAGGAGAAGGACAAAGAGGAUAAGGUGAAGCCGGAGAAGAAUAAGAAGCGGGAUUCCUUGGAGGAGGGCGAGCACGGCGAGGACUCCGAUCGGGAAGAGCGAGCGGGCAGCGAAGACAGCGAGAUAGCUCGGCAACGGGAGGACGAGGCUGAGCAGAAGCAGAAGGAGCGGGAGAAGAAGCUGAGGGCCGAGCAGAGUAUUAGGGAGCGUGAAAAGGAGGUCCAGCGCACUCUAGCCGGGCAUCUAAGGGAUCGGGAUAAGGAGCGUGAGCACCACAUGCGUGAGGAGUGCAUUGGUCACUUCACGGCACUGCUGACGGAUCUGGUACGGACUCCGGACUUCACUUGGAAGGAGGUGAAGCGGCAGCUCCGCAAAGAUCAUCGUUGGGAGUUGAUCGAAACACUCGAUAGGGACGAUCGCGAGCGGAAAUUCAAUGAGCACAUUGACAAUCUGAUGAAAAAGAAGCGCGAACGGUUCCGUGAAAUGCUUGACGAGAUUAGCACCCUUCAGCUGACCAGCACCUGGAAGGAGAUCAAAAAGCUAAUCAAGGAGGAUCCGCGAUAUCUCAAAUACAAUUCUGACAAGGGCGAACGUGAAUUCCGCGAUUACAUCAAGGAUAAGACGAUGACAGCGAAGACAUCGCUUCGAGAGCUAUUGCAAGAAUGCAAAUUCAUAAACCACAAGAGCAGCGAUCUCAUCAAAGAAAACCCCAACCAUCUUAAGGAGAUUCAGGACAUACUCAAAAACGACAAGCGCUACUUGGUUCUGGAUCAUAUGGAGGAGGAGAGAAGCACCAUUGUGCUAGGCUUUUUAGAGGAACUCAAUAAGCGCGGCCCGCCGCCACCACCCACAGCUUCUGAGUCAACGCGCCGCAACAAGUAGUUGCUGGCUGCUAAUAACACUAUUCAAUUUAAUCGUAACAAUUAAAUUAAUACUUUUUAAGCAGAAGUUUUGAAGCUUCUAAUAUUUUAAAUGAAUAAACCACAUACAGUAAUACAAUUCAA